AUGACGAGCGAGACCACGUUGAACACAGUUUCCCCCCACGACGAUUCUGGCAGUGACCUGGGCGAUGAGCAGCAGUUGCAUACCAUUCCUUCCUACCAUCCAGAAUGGUUUAGCACAAGCGAGUGGCAGCAAUACGACUGCGAGACAGCUUCAAGGAUGGUGACAGAUUCACACGAUGGACAGUCUAAGGGCCAGAACAUCGGUGAAGAUUUGACGAAGAGCCAACAGUGGAGAAUAUUGUUAUCAGCAUCGCUUGUUGCCUUCACCGUCAUAGGACUCACGCAAUCGUUCGGUGUCUUUCAGGCACAUUAUGGCCAUUCCGGGGCAGUGGACUCGGGGAUGUUGCGUCCACAGGACUUGACUCAACGCGCACUCCUUUCUUCGAUCGGGUCUCUCGGCAACGGAGGUGUUGUUGCUAUCUUCGCUGUCUUAUACUAUCCAUACCUGCCUCUCAUUGGUAAGAGCAUCAAAGUGGUGUGCUUCAUCGGCACUGUCUUGGUAGCCCUUGGAUAUGGUACCGCAUCUUUGAGUCAUUAUGUUUGGACCCUAGUAGGCUGUCAGGGUCUGCUCGUUGGCGUUGGAACAGGCCUUUUGAUCAACAUCCUCGCGCCCAUUCUUCCCGAGUAUUUCUCAACUCGAAGUGGUUUGGCGCAAGGGACCAUGUAUGCUUCUGCUGCCUUGGGUGGCACGGUGUGGUCUUUGGCUUUGACAGUCAUGCUUGAGAAGAAAGAUAUCGGCAUUAGGACUACACUGCGAAUCUUAGCUGGAGUAAGUGGGUGCCUGCUCGGUCUCGCCAGCUGGCUCGCUCUCCCUCCUCGGAAAUACGAAAAGCGUAGCAUGAAAAUCAUCCGCUUCCACACUUUCAAGGACCCUCUGUUCUCCUUUUUGGCCGUUGUCAACUUGAUCCAUCCAAUGACGCUGGCAAUCCCCAUGGCCUUUGGACCCGAGUUUGCAGAGGCGCUCGGUGUCCGUCUCACCGAAGCAUCGUGGCUAUUAGCUCUCAACAGCGGUGUCGGAAUUCCCGCGCGGUUCUUUGCUGGUCUGCUUGCCGACAAGAUCGGGUACCAGAAUAUGUUGACGAUUGCCACGGCAGUUUAUGCGUUGGCGACAUGGGCACUCUGGCUUCCCUCGGCCCUCCUAAAGAACAAAGACGUAUACAUCGCUAUGCUUGUCUGCCACGGGAUUGUCAAUGGGGUGUUCAACACUGUUUGCAACUCGGCACAGAAGCAGCUAUUUGGCGACGAAAUGUACUUUCCCAUCAAUGGUGCGAUGACGACGAUUCGAGGAUUUGGAUAUGUCUUUGGCGUGCCUAUUGCCGGAGCGUUGAUUAAGAGGGUAGCAGACGACGAGUUGAAAGGCGGUGAUUUCUUCCGGCCGAUCAUCUAUACAGGCGGACUCUUGUCUUUGUCCAUUGUCUGCCUCGUGGUUAUUCGUGUAAAGGACGGACAAAAGAGCGGGUGGAAGCUGGCGCGGUGA